GCUUGUAAUUAAUUAAUGAUUAAACAGAUAAAUUGGCAGUUGAAUUACGAGAUUCAGUUCCAUUCCAGAUCAUACAGAACAGUGGAAAGUUACACAGCAUUCAUGUUGUGGUCACCUGCAAUAUGUGCUUUUCUCCUCCUUGCACUAACAGGGGCAAGUCAAGGAGGGAAAGUAGCAUUGGUAUAUCCACUUGAAGCUGGAUUUCAUCGUCGCUCUGUAAUAACAAUAAUCGGGGCAGUGGACCCAGAUGCCAAAGAUUUUAGAGUUGAUUUUGAAAUAGAUGGCAGUAACAUCUUGUUUCAUUUCAACCCACGAUUUUACGGACCAAAGAAAAUAGUUCUUACUGCAAAAAGCAAUGGUGCAUGGCAGAAAGAGAAAUAUCUUAAUAACCCCUUAAAGCCUGGAAGCAAGUUUAAGCUUGAAUUUCGGUGUCAAGAAGACUUUUUCAAAAUAUAUUUGAAUGGGAAAUACCUGCUAGAUUUCAAAGCCCGUGUUCAUCCACUCAACGCUGUAAGAGCCAUAGGCAUCUAUGGGGAUGUUACAGUGAACAAAUUUAGCAUUAAAGAUAUGUAACUUUGGCACUUUUGGAAAUGAUCAUAACAGCUGAUCACAUAAACUUUCCUUAAACAUU